AUGAGGUGCCGAUGGGAAGAGGAACUUGCAUCUGCAGUGAACCGGGGUGAGUUGCCGCAUAGAUGCAGAUAAUAGAUAUAUACAGUGCUUUUUUCUAGGGGGACGACGCAGGGGUAUGCAUACUCCGAAACAUUUUGUGAAUCAUUGUACUUUUGUCCAUUUACUGUAUUUAUUUUUCCUGGUUUGAACUAUAAAAUGGUGAUUUUGAGUCGAAAUGAGAGUACCCCUAAACAUUUUUUAAAAGAAAAAAUAGCACUGGAUAUAUAACUGAAAAGGAAGGGGAAGAAGGAGCUCGUAUUUGCUUGGCACCUGAGGAGAAAUCAGGGACAUAAGCCUCCUUACUGGGCAAAAGAAUAGUGGCUUGCUCCCCCUCAUCUUUUUAAAGCAGAAAGAAGCCAAAUUGUUCCCUCUGAUUCCAUAGUAAGAUCUAUGGUUUUAAAAUAGAGAGUCCUAUUUGGUUCACAGAGCUUACUCUUAGGUCAUUGGGUAUGGGUUUAGAGCCCUUCUUGAACAUAGUGCAGGUAAGGUCCCAGCUGGGCAUGGGCAGUGGCCACAGAAAUGCUACAGCUCCUGGUGUAUCAAAACUUUUGCUAAAGAGAAAAGUUGAGGAGUGGAGAAGGAGUCAGAGGCAUGUACAUAAGCAGUGGAGAUGCCUUGCCAAAGAAUCAAACAGGUGAACAAGGCAUGGAAAUGCUCUACUUCACGCCUUGUGUGGAAGCAGUCUCUUAAGGGAGAACUUGUAGGAGGGAAUAAAGGCCCUUUCCAAAAGCUUUCCAAAUGCUUUUUUAUUUAAUUUUUUAAAUUAAGCUAGUCUUGAGCCAGUACAAUAAACUAAUUGCACCAAGUGGAUAAGCCAGGUUAAAUGGCGUUGCAGUGGAUUCAUGUUUCAAAAAUCUCUAAAUGGUGUGUGUAUAUUUCCCCCCCCCCCAAAAAAUAAAAAAAUAGAUGAAAUGCAGCGCCUACAAAUAAUGCAUUGUUUUUAAAAUAAAAAGUUUUGUAAACUAUCAGGACACUGAUGUGACAGGAGAUUUGCUGGUGUUUGCCAUUUCACGAAUGAUUUGGGGGGAGAUGGGGGUGCUGAGCCCACUAAUUUUGUCUUAAAUAAAUCUAAGUGGUGCAGGCAUGGGGCAGAGAGGAGCUCAUUAUUAUAGCAUGAUCGCUAUCCAAAAAGUGCCCACCUAGUCUUCAUACAGCUGGGUAACAACUGCAAAAUUAAUAAUAAAUCAGUGGAAAAGUCCCUGACAAUGAUGGGGAAGCUGUUCUAGGCAGGUGCUUCAUGGCAAAGGACACAGUUGAAAGAGAAAGGGGCCAAGGAGAGAUGAGUUUGCUGUGCAAAGCGUGGCUGCAGCAAGAAGCAGGGGAUGAGAGAUGAUCAGCAGGACAAAGUGAUUUCAAAGUGAAGACUAGAACAUUAAAGCUGCUAUACAAAUCAGGGUAUCACUUGCGUGUGUUUGUGUGUAAGACGUAGUCAAAGAUUGGGGAAUGUGGAAAAUUACCAAACAGAUUCCAUUUUAAGAAAUGUGUAGUACUGAAAAGGAGUGCCUCAAAUUCACUGAUCCCUUUACGAAGGAUUUAAGCAUUUGAAAACUCCACAGCUGAAUGCACAUCUUCUUUGUUCUCAACUCUUCCCCUCUUUAUCACAAAUGUAACAAUUUUAAAAAUCAUUUGUAUGCCCACUUUUUUGUUUAAUUCUCCUCUUGAUGAAGUUAGUGUAACUGGCACUUGCAAACAAUUGUUGUUGCUCCCACAAUUUUUCCUUCCGUAACAAUCCCAUUUGUGAAAAGUACUUUUUCUUUAUUUUUAGGUUUCUAUAUUGUUUAGAGGGUGUGGAGAGAGAGGGAAAGAGGUUACAGUCUGUGCGUAGAUAUAUUUGAAGAUCAGAGGAGCUUUAUAAAGCUGCUGCCUUAUAUUGCCCCACAACUGGUUUCUCACUUUCCCAUCCUCACUCCCCUCUAAUUUUUACAUUAGGAAAGGACCAUGGCCCAGUGGGACAACAUCUGCCUUGCAUGCAGAAAGUCCAAGGUUCAAGGUUCUGGGGUCUCCAAGUAGGGCUUGGAAAAACGCUUUCCUGAAACCCUGGACAGCAGCUUCCAGUUGAUGUAGGCCAGGCAUAGGCAAACUCAGCCCUCCAGAUGUUCUGGGACUACAACUCCCAUCAUCCCUAGCUAACAGGAUCAGUGGUCAGGGAUGAUGGGAACGGCAGUCUCAAAACACCUGGAGGGCCAAGUUUGCCUAUGACUGAUGUAAGCAGUACUGAACUAAAUGGAGCCAUAGUCUGACACGCUAUAAGGCAGCUUCCUAUGUUCUCAUGGCAUUGGUGGACUUGGAGACAGUAUGGUACCCAGUAGGCUUCUGGGUAUAUGGUUUCAGGCAAAGGGACAUAUGAUUCUAAAGACAGAAUUCCAUGAAUUGGUCCCCACUGGAAGAAUUCCAAAGAGGAUCAUUUGAUAUUUUCCGAUUUAAACCUGUGAGGUAUUUUCCCCUGCUUCCCUCAACAAACUGCCUACAUUAAAAACAAUUCUUGUAAAAAGGAAUCACACUUCUUUCUUGUAAAUGGCCUGGACUGCUCACUCAUCCAUUUCUGAGUGCUUGACAGAAAAAGAAACCAAAAAGAAAAGCAAUUCAUCUGGUUUGCUUUGUUACCUGACGUAUCAACCUGAACAAGCCAGAUAGCCAUACACCAUCUCCCAAAGAGACUGUGGGAACAAGAUUUAAUGAAUAAAUUUAUAUUCCUUUCUGAUGGUGAAAGAAAAGGCUCAAAAAGAAGGUCCAAAUUUCCUACAAACAACAAUUUUCUACAGUGACUGUGGAGCUGGAAGCAGUCUGUAGUAAUCCCACUAAGGCGAUCAUUUUAUGCUGUUGUAGACAGCAAUGUGUAAUAGUGGUAGGACCAGUGAUAUUUGGUGUGGAGACAGAAAGGAGAACACAAGACCAUCCUUAUCUUCAUUUGGGAAAUGCUGGAGGAUGUGGAAAUAUAAAAUAUAGUACAUUAUUGAAGUACUGCUAUUACAGAAUACUUUUCUUGGCAAAAUAUCCUCCAUUUCAGUGCUAUUUUUCUAGAAAAACAGUUGCCAGAACUCACCACAAAUGCCUCCCCUGUUCUCUUAGAAUGACAAUGGCACCCACUUGAGAGAUGCCGGAACUGAGUUCUGGUAAGUUCCUGCUGGGGAAAAAAGCCCUGCCCUAUUUGGUUGCUCCUGCCUCCCUUCCCCCCCAAAACAGCUGUACUCAGUGACGGUAUUGUCACCCACAUGAGAUGGCUUAGAAAUUCAAAGGUGACAUAAUUAAACCAUUUUUUGUUCUUGGCACACAAGCUAUUUUCCUUUCUCUCUAGCUGGGUCUUGUAAUUCUGAAACGUUAACAGAAAUCUGUUAAACCUGUUUGAGCAGAUGUAGGGAGGGAGGGACUGAUAUUGUACACACACAGACACACAAAGUGAGUGGUGUUGACUCUCUUGUCAUACCAAUUCAAAAUCUCUGGUGAAACUAUCAUGUGCUCAGAAUGCCAGCAUAACGGAACACAGCCGGUGGUGUAUGGUUACAUAAAAAAGAACACACUGCAGUGUAGCCAGAAGUGCUGUUUAAAGCUUUUUCCAGUCACAGAAGGGAUGUUUCUGACUUACAGAUUAGCACGGUGUGAGAAAAGGGGAGAAUCCAGAAAAGUAGGUUGUUGUUUCCCCCCCACAUUUGCACAAAUUCCAGAGUAAGGCUUCUAAGAAGGCAUUUCUUAAUAUAUUAUUUUCUAAAUGGUCACUUUAUACUUAUAUUUUCCCUUUUCACAAUUUUUAUAUUGUAACACAAAAUAGUAUGGGGAACCAUUGGUUCUCCAGAUGUUGCCAAACUACCACUAUCAUUCCUGGUCAUUGGCCAUACUGGCUGGGGUUGAUGUGAACUGUAGCCCAACAACUUCUGGAGGGUCAAAUGUUCCCACCCCUAUGUUAAAUAGCUCAUUGUCUGAAAACAUUAAUGGUACACAUUUAGCUUUAGAUCCAUGUGGGUUGACUGAAUUUUCCUUCUUGUUGAUUCAGGUCAAUUAUACAUUCACACUUUCACUGUCAAAAAGAGACCUGUGCAAAUGAUGAUUAUAAUAAAUGAAAAAAUCCAAUUUGUUACCGUUAUUAUCAUUAUUAUUUAUUAAUUUUUUGAACUGCCUUUUAAAUGCGACUCAUUUACAAACCAUAAAAACAGCUUUGCAUCAUUAAAAAAAAGGUACCAGAAAUAAUAACUAAAGAUAGAUUUAGAAACAAAAUGAACACCUAAAGGCAGAGACAUUUUCAUCCAGCUAUAAAGGCUUUUCGAAACAAAAAUGUAUUCAUUUUUUCCAGAAGGUAUAGAUAAUGAACACCUGUUCUAGUUCAACAUUACUAGUUAAGCUGUUACAUUCUUAUUGCCAAUUAUAUUACCUAUGGCACAAAGCAUAUGAAAGCAGAAAUAAUUUUUGCAGACAAAAACAACUUUUGAGGAACUUUUCCAUUUGUACAGAUUUCUGCUGAUGAUACUCCCCAAUUAAGUAUACAUAUGAUUCCAACUGGAUUCAUUUGCACUUGCAAUUCCUCUGAAAGAUUCAAAGAUCAAUUCAUGUAUAUUGUACCUUUUCUCGUAAUGUGCAAUCUAAGUUAUUUCAGCACAGCAAACAAAAUAGAAUGGGAUUGCUGCUCUUUAACAACCCUUCACAGUCCUAACCUGUCCCCACUAUUCUUGCUCUUCCACCUCAUAAGCCUGCAGAGGCCAACAAAACCCUAAUUUUGCCCCUUGGCAGGUAAGGGAUGGCAACCAUUUCAAUGGUUCCACCAUACUUGAAUAUAGACCACAAGUGAGCAAACUAUAGCAACUGCAUCCAAUGCAGCACUGAUACCUCCUUGGUGUAUGGCUUAGGGGAAAGGCUUCCCACCCAACUAACUGACAGGAUCCAGUUGUGUGUGUAUCACACUAAAGUCAAAAAGUAAUUACUUUUAUUUGCUUUUCAGAACAGUGGCUAUAGCUGGUCUGCUGUACAAAAUGAAUCAGUAAAUAUCAUUAGACAAUAACCCCAUUAAACCCAGUAGGGUUUAUCACAUAGGAUUAGGGGGUUAUCUGUAGUACCCAUGGUGAAAAUGGAAGCAAGACAGUCUAUAUCCGAAAUAUACUCAGAGUGCUGUAGUGAUUUCAUGCUCUUCAUUGCAGCUUGUAAAACAGUGAUUGAAUUAUUUACACAAUGAGUCCCGUCUGAUUGGCUGAUUCUGCUUCCCUCCUGGAGCCUGAUUGGUCUUUUCCUGCAGGCCAAUCAGUUGUUGCAUUCUACGAUCCUACCAGCCUAACAGGCUGAUUAACUUCUUCCUGGAGCCUGUUUGGUCUUCUCCUGCAAGCCAAUCAGUUGUUGCAUUCUAGGAUCCUACUUGCCUAUUGUUCUAGGAUCCAAGGUUAGUACAUAACAAUAUCCUGGAUUAGUCAAUCCAAAACAUCUUCAUCUCUGGGUCUGCCCGCCACCAGCAAUGUGGUUCUUGAUAGAAGGAAGGUUGCCCACUGCCCUGACGCAGGCACCCUCUCUUCAGAGAGGACCUGGCAACUCUAACGCUAUGAGCAGCACAUUUUGGGAAAAAAUCAGCACUAGGAUGUUUAUCUGAACUGAUGCAACCCAAAGGCUGCUAUGACCUUUGGAAUGAUUCUGUUUCUCUGUUUUUGUUUAAGCACUUGUGCUUCCAGAAAAGACAGAGAAGCAGCAGCAUUUGCUCAUGAACCAGAAAAGAAACCCAAGAAAUAUUGCUCAUGAAAGGCAAAAUAAAAAAUAAAAUAAUUACAAAGAACUGGGGAAUCCCUAAAAUUAGGCCCUGCUCCUAGAAUGAGCUUCAUGUUUUAUUGUAACUGUCUGUUAUUUCUUGUAAAAUCCAGAUGCUCAACGUUGCACUGAAAAGUCCCAGGAGCUUGGGAUGUGGUGGUGGAGAAGCUCUGCCUUCCUGUUCUGAGAAGUAGAAAAGAUCCCUCAACCCCAUUACCUUUGAUGAGUAGCUAAAGGGUUAUUCCCCCUCCCCCACCACAGAGAUUUAUUUGUUUGUUUUAAAACAGGGCAAGCAAACCCCAGCAAAAACCCAUGCAUCAAGAUGUUCUUCACGGCACAUGUUCCCUUAAAGGUUUGGCUUUUAGUACACAUGGGAAUAGGUAAGUAUUUAUAAUCCCAAACAAAUGCAGUGGCUUCACUAUUUGGGGUUGGGGGGGGGAUCCUUGGCCCCAAACACCCUCAGUAGGAUUCCUAAACCUGGAAGUGUUCCGUGCGUGACAGGCGCAAACCUGAGAAUCUUCUCAUGAAGAUGUUCCUACCAAGUAAGACGAUUGGCUCCCUUUGGUCCAGUACAGUCUACUCUGACCUAUUGCAAGUCCCAAAGGCUUUAGGCAGAGGUCUCUCUCAUCACCUGCUAUCUAACGUGUUUUUAACUUGGAGGUUUCAGAGGUUAAGCCUAGAUCCUCAUGAAUGCAAAUAACAUGGCCUGCUAUUGCCGUGAUGCAUAGUACCAUCCCCAGUUGGGAGUGAUGAGCAUAACAACAUAAGGAGUGCCUGCUAGAUCAGGCCAGUGGCCCAGUUAGUCCACCAUCUUGUUUUCCCAGUGGUCAACUAGACACCUAUGGAAAGCCCGCAAGCGAGCCCUGAGCCUUCUCGCCUCCUGCAGUUUCCAGACACUGGUAUUCAAAUGCAUACCGUCCCCAACCAACCUUUUAUCAGGCUGCCACUAAAUCCCAGUCGCAGCACCCUUUGGGGACUACUGUCUUUGCCACAGUGAGUUUCCAUCUGUUAAGAAACCUUGCUCAUUUGGGGGGACUGCAUGUUCUGGGGGAAACUCCUCCUUUUAUUUGAACUGUUCUAUCAGAAAGCAUCACAUUUUCCUUUCCUUUUCUCAAUCUAGGAGUACAUUUUGGGAGCUCAGUUGCUUGCAACAGUAAACAGUUGAGUAGCAUUGCUCUCUCUCUCUCUCUCUCUCAAACAAAUAUUCUGUUUAUGUAUUAGGCUAAAAACAUUGUUAAGAACCACCCAUCAGAGUUCCUAAUUGUAUAGCACUCUGCAGAGCCGAUACAUAGAUUUACCUACUAGGAACUGCACAUUGACUGUGGGGCCUAUUGCUGCAGCAAUUGUAAUUGCAGAUAAAAGGACAGGCUGAAUUAUCUCUAAAGAACCUGCAUUGAUAUUGACACAGGAACUACUUAAGCCUUAAGGGAUAUGAUUAUUUCAUUUUCCAUAAUUGUUUCCAGCCAUUUUCAGUUGUGUGCGAGAGUGCAGGAAUCUGCCCUAUGGCCAUACAGUUUAUUGAGAAGUCCUGCUACAAUAAGAUGGCUCAUUUGUUGCUUUUGAUUGCAAGUAGGGGCUCAUCCAAACUUCCGUAUGUCCCACAGCUAGGGUUGCCAUAUUUUGAAGAAGAAGAAAAAAAGAGGACACAUUUGCCAGAAACUGGGGCAGGGGGGAGGGGAUGCGGGAACAGGGCCACGCCAUGGUGGGGUGCGCAUGGGAAUGACAUUGGUGGGCACCAGAGAGUGACACAGGAAAAUUCGGUGCAAAAGGAAACUCCCCGGACAUUUUGGCAAAUUCAAAAGAUCUACCCAAACAGAAAUUUAACUCUGAAAAGGAGGACUUGUCCUGGAAAAGGAGGAUGUAUGGCAACCCUACACAACUUUCCCACAGGAAAACCCACUCUUUACCGCUGAAUCGAAGCAAAUAUCAAUCAGGUUUUCCACGCGUUGACAUUUGCUCCGAUUCAGUGCUAAAGAACAAGUUUUCCUGGGUGAAGGGGCAAUGCAAACAGAAAACUGCUCAGACCCCCUACCUAGAAAGCACAGGGCAAGCCGAAAAAUUAAUGGACAAGCCCUAAAUUAAUUAAUUAGGAUCAAAUCACUGGAAAAUAUAACUGUUCAAGCAAAAAUGAGCACCAACUGUAUUAUUUCUGUAUAUACACUGAAAGAAUUCACUUGCUCCCUACGUUGUAAUUAUAUAAUAUCAGGCCUGCCAGGCACAUACCAUAUUUUUCCGUCUAUAAGACACCCCCAUGUAUAAGGGCCCCCCCCCUAUUUUUGGGGACUCAAUUUUAAGAAAAGGAGGGGAGAUGGCCCAAAGUUGUUGAGCAUCUCCCCCCACCCCCUCACACAGCUGCGGGCAGGAAACACUCCCUAGAGAUCGUUUCCCACGCACAGCAGCAUCGGAGGAAAUUGCGCUCCCGCCAACCAGCUGGCCCCAUACCAAUAUCCGUGUAUUGGACGACCCCUGUUUUUUGACAUGAUUUUUGAGUCAAAAAACCUUGUCUAAUACACAGAAAAAUACAGUAGUUGUAGAAGGGAUCAUUUCCCCUUAAUCUCCUUUCUUCACAAGAAGCAAGGCUCAGUCCCCCUCCAAACCCCAUGGAAUCUGGCUGCCCUGAGUGACACAGGAAUUCAUUGCAAGGGAAACAGACACCUGUAGGUGGGGGUUUUCUGAUCGUCUGCCUGAAUCUAAACAAUGAUGGAAGCAAGAGCAGCAGGCAUGCUGGUAGCACAGGGUUUGGGGUGUGCAAUUAGUUAUGUAAAAGGCUAGACAAGAGGACCUGGAAAGCCCAGACCUGUGUCUAGAAAGCACGGAACAAAGUUAAGUGUGGGCGAUGGGGAUCCCCUGUGACGGGGAUGAAAUCGAUCCCACCAUUCUGCAGCUGAUCAAUCAUUUGAGAGAGGGAGUUUUCUUCCCAAUCACAGCAUGCUGGACUGGCAGGUUUCAACCUUAAUUCUAAAGUUUAGCAGUAUAUGGUGACAAAAAUAUCCUUUCAUGGGGGGGGGGGGGUAACAGCCGUCAGCAUCAGGAUGGUUGCUCCAGACACCCUGAUUUAGAACACAUUUCUCUUACCAUAUAAAGGCAAUAUGUGAAGCAAUUUUCCAUUGCGGUAUCCAAAGUUGAUUAAGUUUCCAAUAAAUUAUUGCAGCACAUGUCAUGUUUGUUUUCUGCAUUAUAGGGGAGGCAUGAAUGCUAGUGACACAGUCGUGUCAAAUGGAUCAACUGUGAUUCUGUCCUGCUGGCUAAACAACAGUGGAUCAUCUAGCAAUUUGCAGAACAAACAUACAAUAACUAUUUUACACAACCACUCAGCAGUAAGCAGCAGCUCUGGCUUUUUGGUCAGUGCUCACAUUUCACAGCACACAUUUGGGAGGCAGACGUUCAAAUGCCAACGGAGUUCUCGGCAGGAAAGGAAAGUGAUCGUAUGUGGAGUUUACGUCGAUGUUGGAAGUAAGGAAGUGCUUUUUUCUGUAAGUGUUUUGCUGGUGUUCACAGACAAUAUGUGUGUGUGCAAACAAAAAAUAUAUAAUAUAACACGGCAGCAGGGAUAGCAAAAUCAAGAGACUCUGGUGCCUUUCACUCAAUAACUUUCAUUUACUGAGGAAUGGAAUGUUGUGUCAUAGAAACAAGAGGUAUUAAUCUUUCCAUAUACUUUUUUUUUAACUGAGUGGGGCUUUUCACAGAGACAUCCCUGGCCUGCGCCCAGCAGCACAAUCCAGCUAGAAGUCAAGCAUUUAUAAAUCCCAUUCUCAAUCAAAGGGAUUUAAGCCAGUGAUUUACUUUCCCAUUGAAAUCAAUGGGACAUAGCUUGGGGUGGUCAUUUUCAGACCUGUGUAAGGGGAGGGGAUCUUAUUUUUUUAGCUAUUCUAUUCUUUAGUGAUGUUAUAUUGCGCACCAAACUCUUAGCAUAAAAAGGGCAUCAGACUCAGGGCAUUCCUCUCCCCCACUUUCUUUUUCUUUUUGCAGUAAAUUUACUUUUGUGCAGCAUGGCUUUCCUCAAGGCAAAAUUUUUGUUGCAGGGAUAGAAUGUUUUACAAGCACUUUUGCACCAGGCAAAAUCUGAUCAUUGCUAGAUAUCCAUCCCCCCCCCCCCCCAUGCCUCUAUACCAGUCAUUCAUUGAUGGACUCUGAAUUACGCUUUAGAACUUUGGGUCAGCAGCACAAUCCUAUUUUGCACUUAACACUUUCUCCUAAUAAAAAAUAAUGAAAUAGGCAAAUAUGAACUCUUUGCAUACAUGUAAUCUACAGGCCUAUUUAAUUAAGAAUAAAUGGAUAAAUACAAGUCCUAGAUGCCAAAGGAAGGAUUCAUAUUAACAAAUAUUAAGCCACUUACGUUGUCUCCUUUUAAGUUCCUCCAGCCCAGCCCAAAAAUAUACUCUGCAUUCAGCAUGGAAAGGAUGGAAGUACUAUUUGCACUUGGGAUAAAGGACACUAUACCUACCUUGAUACUAACUAUACAUUACAGUAAGUCUCACUUGUGUCUCAGUUUUUACUGUAUUCCUGUUCACUUGCACCUGCCUGUUGCCUGAGUUCUUGCUACCUUAACCUCCUAAAGCCCCACCAGCAGCAGCAUAUUGCACUUGUGCUGGAAACAUGUCUCCUUAUGAAAGCAUCUGGGUUAGUCCUUCACAAAUGGACUUUCAUGUAUUGUUUUGUACUGUUUCCUUCUAGGAUUUUCUUGCUACUUUCUGAACUACUUUGUGGGUUGCUAAUUGUGUCAUCUGCUAUGGCCCCAACUCCUGGACCUAAGCAGCUCUGGGUUCAGAUCAUGUAAUCUGCUUAACAGAAGUGUCAAUUGACUGUAUAUAAUAUGGUACUGAGCAGUAUUCCAUUAACUGUUGCACAAUGUUUUAUGGGUGUGAAAUUAUUCUAAUCUCAGCAACAAAGCAACAUUCUUUGAGGGUAGAAAAGGGAUGACCUAUUCAUCCAGGUUUAUCUUUCUAUUGCAGGCUAACAAAUGGAAACACCAAUGAAGCAACAGUAUGGAAAGAUGAAAGGAAUCAAAAUAGCUCAUAUGGCUCAGUAGAGCUCAGAGUGAAGUUGAAUUUUCAGUCCACCUAUACAGUUGUCAUCAAUGCCACCAAUGGACUGGGAAAGGUUUCUUCCCAACCAAUUCAAUUCACAUUAAUUGACAUAGGUAAAUGUCAGGAAUUUGCCUCCAUUAAAUUCAUAUUAUUUGGCUGGCACUCCAAAGGCUUUCUAGAGAGUAUUUGUUUGGGUGCAAUUUCCUUUCACCCACCAAAAAGCCAAUGAAACAAAAGAAACCUGUGCCAAAAUUCACUUGGUCAGUGGCAGAGGUGCCAGCUUGAAUAAAAUAUUGGGGGUGGGGCAGAUAAGCCCCACCCACAUAAUCAAUUACAAGACACAGCACACACACACUAUUUGAAUGACAAUGCCCGUCAACUUUGGGGUGGCCUGGCCCCCUCAAAUAUUUUAGGGAGGGCGCGAAAGGACCUUGCCCCCUAGAAUUUGGCUCCUACCGUCAGUGGUGAUUGUUUGCUUUCUUGUCUAAACGGCAGGCUCCCACUCUAUCACAGUAUAUCAGAAAUAGGGGGGUUGUGUGCAGCUUCUGUGUGAUAGGACACAAUUGUUCAGAAAUGAAAGUAAAUGCUGUAUACAGAGAAUGACGUGUUAAACUCGGGCUACAGUUGAGUAGUUAACUUGUGAGAACAGCAGUACUAUUAAUCAGCACUGACUCACACACGAAACAUUGAAUCACCUUUUUAUUUUUUUAAAAAAGCCUUAAUUGCAGAGUUCCCAUAUGAGUGAGUCAUGUGAAGAGGGAGGACUUCACGUAGUGGCCAUAUUGCUUAGCAUGUUUUUGAAAAGGCCCAUGGUGGCAAAGUCCUUUGCAGUGGAACCUGCCUGUUUCCAUUAAAAUCUGACGCCCAUAAAGAGAAAAAGAGGUGCUGUUUAUCUUUUAGAUUUGUUAGCCACCUAUACUCCUAAUUGUCCCAAGUAGAGAUAUAGUUAGAAUAAUAGGUUAUCAAGAACAGUGAUAUAUAGCAGUGGGAAUAAAGAACAGUUGGAGGUGAAAAUGCAGAGGGGCUAAUGCAUGCCAGCACAUAUCAGCAUUUUACCAGUCAGUCAUUUGUAUUUGACUGGGACAUCUGUUAUUUAUUUUUGUGAGGGUGUGGGGGGAAGGAGUUGGACUCUGUCUUCUUUAAAUGAACAUGGUCAAGGCUCCCCAUGUCAUACAGUUGACCAGGCAGCUCCUACUGCAGCAACAGGAAUGGACUCAUAAAAUAGCAUACGUUGCUGGACGCAAUAUGUUUUCACGAGCAGUUCCCAGUCCAGCAGAGGGGUCUAUAGCUCAUUCCUCAAAAAAUAUGGAUCACUAGUAUAAGCUUUCUGCGUAUGGCCACUGGCAAUUUCAAGAAUACUAACUUCUGUGUUUUCAUUUAUUUCAUUUCCUUCAAAUGUAUUUUUGGUCACCAUAAUCAGUGAAGCCACGUGCACCCGUGAACCUCUCAGUAGCAUUUGAUGGUUUUGAUGCAAGAAACUGCAGCAUUUCGUGGCAAGAUCAACAAGAGGCACAGCACUUUAGAUUAAGAUACCAACCAAUGAACAGCAGCUCUUGGACCACGGUAAUGUCUUCUAAAUGUAUUCUUGUAUUACUAAAUGGCAAAACAACUUGGUUGUUUACAAAUUAGAGUAAUGUAAAUUCCUCUUUCCAUACCCAAGCUAAGCAACCCAUAUUGAAGGAAUUAAGAACAUGUUAUACAGAAUUAAGUUUUGGAUAUUUAUCUCAGAAUUACUAGACUUGGAAUAUCUCCCAGGACAACCUGCUCAUAGAUGAUCCUGUGUAUACAUACUUGUUUGAACAUUGCAAGGAUGAAAAAGCAGCAGCAUAGAAAAAUAUGGUUGGUGUGUACACAACACACACACUUCAAAUUCUGCAGUCAUCCUAGUUUCAGAUCAGGAACAGGCAACUUUGCAUAGACUCACAACCCAGUUACCAACUUAGCUCAUACUUCUAAAUGGAUUUCUACUGAUAGAAGCAAGGAACCUAGAAGUUCCUGGGCACUAGGCUCCUCUAUACAUUUCUUCGCCAUUUUAUAGGCCUAAAGAUAAUAUGUAAAUCUUGCAUUCAUAGAGUUCAUCAUAGUAAAAGCAGUACUGCAUUUAGAGAAGGGCUUUGGGCUGGUGUCCAGGGCCCCUGUCAGCAGAAGGAAGAGGAGGGCCCCUAAACACAGAAGGGCUGUCCUAAAACACUCUUAAGGAAAUGAAGCGAAAGUCCAUUACCAUCUAAAGCAGGGGCGGCUAACCUUGUUUGGACUCCAACUCCCAUGAGCCCAAGCUAGCAUGACCAACAGCCAGGGACGACGGAAGCUAUGUGUCUGAAGUGCCACAUUCUCACCACCCCAAUGCAAAUAGAUGCCCCCACCAGGAUCAUGAGGUCUAAAAUUACCUAAAUGUACCACCACCAAGCAUAAGGUAAAAAAUCAUGUGAUUCUCCAGGUGACAGUGAAAGAAAUGACCUCACAACCUGCUGUUCCAUUCAACUUUAAUGGGUUAAUGAGGUGCUCAUGGCGCCAACACUGCUAAUUACUCCUCAGUUACACACACUCUGAAGAGACAGGAUGAGAGCUUGUGGUAAAGGAGACGCACCAUUCGUUCCAUUCAGCAAUUAGUAGUAUACAGUACUGUGAUCCUGUAUUGACCUAGCAAAGUGUUUCCCAAACUUAGGGUCUCCAGCUGUUUUUGGACUACAACUCCCAUCAUCCCUAGCUAGCAGGACCAGUGGUCAGGGGUGAUGGGACUUGUAGUCCAAAGACAGCUAGAGACCCACGUCUGGGAAACAGUGGCCCAGCACUUGGUUUAGAAAACAGUGUUGAUGCUCACUGUAUUUUCCUUUUCAUUCAAGCUUGAAAAUAUAAACAGCAGAAGAUAUUAUCUACAUGACCUGAAGCCAGAUACAGCAUAUGAAUUCCAGGUUUCCUGCAGGUUCCUGCCCAACACAGGAUUAUGGAGUGACUGGAGUAUGUUGUUUCAAACAGAAGCAGGUGAUACAAUUUUGAAAUGCCUAGCAUUUAUUUUUGUACCUAUGAAGAAAUCAGCUACGGAUAACACGUUCAUGCUUGCAGCCAAACUAUCAUCUCAUAGGAAUUCGGUGAGGAAUAGAAAUAAUAUUCAUAUGGCCUGGAGACCCAAGCAACAAAACAAGACAUAAGAAAGAAAUAUUUUUCUCUGUUCAGUGAAACAGAUACACAAGACUAGAUAGAAGAAUCAAGGGUCUAUAGUGAAAAGCUCUCAUAGCAGUCAUCACAAAUCAGCAACAAUACAUGCAGAAUACCCACUAACACGGCAAGGAUGCGGAACCAAUGUUGUGUGGCCUACACAACAGAACUUCCCAGCCUUGUCCUCUCCCUGCAGGCUCCAAUAUCUGCCCUGGAGGGUCCUCCAAGCCUCUAGAGCAGAUUUUGAGGGUAUACGGGAGGCUGCAGGAGGGAAGUAAGAGGAGAAGGUUCCACUGCAGGAGUAAGUCUGAUGCAUGAGCACAACAGCCUUUGGCCAGUCUGAAAGGUAUUCAGAUUCUAACAUGCAAGACCUGCUUCAUACUUAUAAAAAACAUUGGCCACUUUCCUUCAAACUGGACCAUUGCACAGAACCAUGCCACAAAGUCUUCAUUUCUUCUGUGACUUAGAAAACUUUCAGCAACGAUUUGUAGCUAUGGCAAUUUGUAGCUUAUGGUCUUUGAUGUCUUUGUGGGUUUCUGUCAAGCACAGAAAGACGUUACUAUAAAUUGUCACCCUUGCAUCAUUGACCACUAGUGACAUAAUCAGUUCCUGUCACUGACAGAUGCAGCAAGAGGUGUGAACGUCUCCCUCUCACCCCUUCAUGGCAACUGACAUUUUAUAGUAGUACCUGCAAACCUUUUAAAAGGGCUUGGAAUAAAUGGAGGAUAAGGGUAUCAAUAGCUACUAGCCAUGAUAGCUAUUGCUGCCUCUGGAAUCAGAGACAGCAUGCAUUUGUGUGACAAUUCAACAGUGAGAGAGGGCUGUUGCCCUCAUCUCGGUUUAGGGGCUUCCCAGAAAGAUCUGGUUGGUUUCUGUGGUAAACAAUGCCAUAGGUCAGCAUGGAGAACUAGCAAAAAAAUUGCUCUGGUUGUAGAGGAAGUAAUAAUACAGUUACCCAAGAAAACAGAGUAAAGAUGGCUAAAUAAGAGGAGGAAGCAACAACACAUGAUGAUUAUGCCAUUCAGGCACAUCACCUUUCCACUAUUCUCCCCCCCCCCCCCGCUUGCUCCAACAGUGACCCAACCACCAUGACAUCUUUUGGAUGAAAAUAUUAGCUCCAAUCUCAUUUGGCUAGGUCAUGGUUAUGUGAAGUGCAGGGGGGCUUUUAUAGUUGCUUGCCAGGCAACUACAUCAACCUACCUCAUUCUUCAGGGGGGACCUGCCACUAUAUAAAACAACUAUUCCUUCCCAUUUGUUUUAUAUGUGCUAUCCAAUACUUUGCAAAAACCACACCCAAAUCAACUAGGCAAUGUGUUAUAAAGCUCUUCUUUCUCCUUUCAUCCAGUACCACUUCAGCCAAUUGAUGUCUGGUAUUUAAUGGAAGAUGUGUCUUCUGAAAUGCAGAAUAUUACACUUUUUUGGAAGGUAAGAAUAUCUAUGCACCUACACCAUUUUGAGGGUGUUGCUGUAUGUGUAUCUAAACAAAAAGCAUAAUAGUUCCUUACCCUAAUUUAGGGGUGGGAAAUCUGUGGCUGCCCAGGUUUUGUUGGGACUACAACUGCCAAGCUGGCUGGGGUUGAUGGGAGUUGGGUAAGCGAUCCCAUUACUGCAUUAGAAAAGCAACUCCUCUUCAAAGAGCAAAAGUACAUAGCAGAGUUCCCAAUUUCUCUGGAUCAGCUGACAUUCCAUAGAAUAGUGAGCUGCCAAAGGGUGGUGUAAUAGUUGGCCUGUUAAAACUUGGCUGGAGAGACCUGGGAUUGCAUCCCUGAUCAGCCAUAUGGCAUGACUGCAAUCCUAUGAAUAGCUUGCCCCAUUGAAUUCAGUGGUGCUUUUGGUGGCCUAGGUGUAACUUGUAAAACACAUCAGGUUGAAUUCAAGGAAGUUGUAGCCAGAAGAGACCCAUUAAAAUUGAUGGGCCUAAAUUAGUCAUUUCCAUUAAUUUCAACAGGUCCACUUUGAGUUUGACUAACAUGGCAUACAACCAAAAAAAAAACCCUUUUCCUAGUGGAAAUGAAACCUUUGGCUUUUCAUUGCAAAUGCAUAGAAGAAAGACGUACAUAGAAGUACAAAAUGCAGAGAAGUACAAAGAAGUGCUACCAUUUAAACCACUAACAUGUAGUAUGAGAAUGAGGAAAAUAAUCAAGGGCUCGGGACUGAUUUCCUUUGAUGAGGAUCCAACUCUAGGUGCCUCCAGAUGAGGCGUGUUUAAAUACUUAGCAUUCAUCCUUACUUACUGGCACAAAGUUUACAUGUUGGUUAGACUAGGUCUGAUCUCCAUGAAACACUCAUUCUUAUUUCUUUAGAAAGUGUUACACAUCAUCUUGUUGAUAAUUCAUUCAUCCCACAUUUUCAAUGCAUUUCCCUGUCACUUUCCAAACUGCAAGAAGUGUUUUCGCGUAUGUGGUUUUGCACUAGGGUAACAGAGCACCUGAAUCCACUUUAAAUGUGCAAACAAAGUUCUGGAAUGUGCUUAAAUCCCCACCUCAAAAUACAGGCACCCUUCCUCUAAGCCAAUCUCUCCACAAAGCAAACUUAGAAACCAUGCACAUGCCAGACCAAUGAAGGUACAUCAGUUGCUCCGGCAGAUAACACCAUUCCUGCCCUGAGAAAAGGCCAUAAGCAAAGUUUCUCUACCCACUUCCUGUUCCACUAUACCACUGCCUUCCCCUCAUUCCCCUCUGCUACUCAAUUCUUAGUACAGCUUUGCUCAAACAAGCAGUUUCUUACCUGUUUUUGUUAUUCACACUGAAAGCAGAUUCUCAUUCAUACUGGCUGCUUCUUAGAAGAGAGGAAAGCCAUGCUGAAGUUUCACCUGUGCUUUCUUCAGCUUGUGGUAUUCUUGGUUCCACCCAUUUGUCACCUUUGCCUCUGUUUGAGAGUUAAGAAUCCUUAAUGAGGCACACCCUACAAUUCUACAAUGAAAUGCACUAGUAGACUAUGAUGUCUUUCCCUCACAUUCCCUCUGAGAAGUUCAAUAAUGGCAAUGUUUUGCUUCAUAAUACUAGCAUCAACACACACACACACACACACACACACACACACACACACACGGCUUCCCCAAAUAAUCCUGGAAUUCUAAGUAGUUUAACAAUCAAUCCCUCUUCCCAUGGAACUCUGGGAACUGUCGCUCUCUGAGGGGAGUUGGGUUCUCCUAACAUCUCUCAGUACCCUUCACAAACACCAGCUCCUUGGGUUCUUUAAGGGAAGCCAUGAUGGUUUAAAGUGGCCUGAAACUGCUUUAAAUGUGAAGGGACAUGGAGCCUCAAUAUAAGGGGAAUUAAUAAGGAGAGUUUGUAUUUCAUGUGCCCAAGUCUGCUCUUAAAUGAAAGUAGCCUGUGCCAAGCUAGUGAAGUAUGCUCUUGACUCAUUUUUUUUGUCAAGAGCACUUUGAGAGGGUUUUUUUUUGGGGGGGGGAUAUACUUGCUACAAUUGGACCAGCCAUGGGCCCACUUCACCUUCCAUGCAAUGCACUGUGGGAGGUGAAGCUUCUUACACACACACACUCAGCCACUUCCCUCAAGCCAGCUUCUCAUCAAAUUGUAGUACAGUAAUAUAAACAAUGAAGGGAGUCUGAGGGAAGAAGAGAUGUUUUCUUUUGCUGCGGCAGCCAAAUUCAUUCUCUCUCAGCUCCAAUUCCCCAUCUGUCAAAUUGGAACAACACCAGACGGCUUUUGUGAGGGCAGUCUGAAAGAAACCUGCAUCUUAAAAUGCUGCACCGAUACUGAGGGACAGCAGCUUGCUUCAAUAUGGGAAGUCAAGUACCACAUCCGCACUCACCCCAAAAUACUAACAAGGGUUACUUGAACAAGCUUCCUUCUCUCAGCCUGGCUUCCCUUGGAAGUUUCUUAGACUGACACUUGUGUGUUAGAAAAUGCUGUAGAAAUUCCUUUUAAAAUAUAACAAAUGGUAACCUCUCAGGAGCUUGUCAUUUCUGCCCCACCUUUUCUUAAGGCGGCUUACAUGACUCCCCUCUGCUCCCAUUUUAUCCUCACAAUCCCCCUGCAAGGAAGGCCAGUUAUGCUUGGAAGGGGUAUAUGUGGCUGGCCCAAGUUCAUCCAGAGAGCUUCAUGGUUGGGGGGGGCGGGGCGGGGAGGAGAGGGAAUUUGAACCUGAGUCUCUAAUGGCCAACUGAAUGAACACUGGCUUCAAACUGCUGCUAAAACUUGUUUCGUGUGUGGGCGUUGGUGAAACAUGCAAAGAAAAACAUACGCUAUUUUAUUUUAUUUUUUAAUAGAUGAGUGUAUUAGAAGUGAGAAGGAAAAGUCUUGAGUAUAGAGUGACGUUUUCAGCCCUAAACCAGAUGCGUCAAAGAGACACGGGAACAAAUUCUACAGUGCAGACCACAUUCUCACAAAUCAUUCCUAAGACAGACUAUAGCAUUACAAUUUGUUCUCACAACUCACGGGGAAUAUCCCAACCCAUUUAUAUCACUACUAAACUAGGAAUUACAGGUAAGACCCUUUCCUCCAAUUCAUCUGAUUUCAAUAUGAUUCUGUCUAUUACAAAGCUGCACUGCGAUGUUUUAUACAUGGCAAACCAUCAUUUUAAGUUUAUUAGAUUUUUUUACUCCAGUUGUAAGUAAUAGGUCAGCAUUGUCCUGAGGAGGGAGGAACACACACAGCUUUGUUUAGAUUUGUGUUUAGUAUUUGAUCACAGGUACCCCUCCCAUAAUUUCCUAGUGGAAAGAGAAAACCCUUAACUGGCAAGGACCGUGGCAUUAACUAUGGUAACUAUCAUGUUCCUGUAUAGUGCCUAGCAAUUUUAGGUGCUUUAUAAAUAAUGUAUUAUUGUUGUUACUGUAUUUGUUAUCAAUGCUACACAAAUGACUUAGAAUUACACUUGGGUCCAGGCUAAGAAAGUUCUGAUUUAGUCCCACUUGAAAUCGAUGGGACAAGUUAGCCAUGAUCAACAGAACUAAAACAUGAUUUAUUAUAGUCUAGACUUAAUCCAUAUUGCUUAGUUCCAGUUCUUAUUCCAUCUCCAGUUACUUUUACUCUUGGAUAAUUUUGAUUUCUGAUGUUGUACUCCUGUGCUCAGCUAAGGAUUUAAUAUUUUUCCUGGUCUCUCUCUCCCUCCCCCCAAAAAAAACUUUUCAAAAGACCUGCCACCCCCAAACCAUCUUUCUGCUGUAUCACUGGGGAACGGAAGAAUCUCUGUUGCAUGGGAAGCCCCUAUUGCACCUUUCCCUUUUAUCAGUGGAUAUGUUCUACAGUGGGCAGAGCUCCAUCACAGCAGUGACUUGAGAACUCCCAUAACCUGGCUCAAAAUCCCCGUCUCCAAUCUCACAGCAACAACAGGUAAGUUGCACAGGAGAGCAGUGGGCAUCCCUGUGGGCUUUAUUAGGGGGAAGGCUGGCUCUGUGCACCUGGCAAAGGAUGGACAAUUACAUUUUUUUGGAUAGCGCUUCACCCCCACACACAUUAGGCUGCAGCUUUGCACUGCACAAUAGUUCGUUCUGCCUUCCAAUUUUUCCAGAUGGCACAAGAUUAUCUCUUUUGAGCUGCAGCUCUCAUCAUAGUCACUGGAGGCAAAAGAGGAAUUUGCGUCCUGUCAGUCUCAAUGAGCUGAGCUCAUCUAAUAAAAGCAAGCUGCUCAACACCUUAUUACUACCAAACUCAAUGCUAGCUUUCGGUUCCCUCCAUGUCCUUUUUAUUAUUAUUGCACAUUCAGGAUAAUUUGUGCUAAUGAUGCUCUCAGGGUGGGCAUACAUGAUCCCACAUUCAAUACCGUUUGCAACUGGAAAUGUUUUGGGGUUUGGAAAAGCUUCCUUUCCAGUCAGUGCAUAGCCCAUUGCUUCCAGCUGAAAUGCCAUAACUUUUUAUAUCACAAAAGUUGUGGUUUAUUUUCCUUUCGCUUUUGAAGUUCUGUAGCCCCUCCAGACAGCAAUAAUGUGAUAGCAUUGGGGAAGCCUCACAGGACUGGCAAAACAGAACAAAUCCGCCACUAAAGCAUUAUUAUUAUUUUCCUUUGUUCCCUGUUUAUUCGGGUCAUUCCAUCUGACUCACAGGAAUAGCAGCUUUGUAAAUGCAGUGCUCUAAAAACCAUGCUUUAUACCUAUGUCCAAUCUAUGACUAAAUAACAAGUGUUGUUCAGCCCAUGCUUUCUCAAACUAGGCUUGGACUCGGUCUCACAAUAGACAGAUUUGCAUCAAAUACCAUUAUUGUCCUUUCUAGAGAGCCUAAAGCCUAACACCUGUUAUCAAAUCAGUGUGUUUGCCCUCUACCAGAACAGAGCAGGAAGAGCCGUUUCCACAACAGAAGAUGUAUCAGCAAAAGGUAAGGGCAAAGGCACUCCAGACCUAAACAUACCUUUGAGACCCAGCAUAGUCAAUUCAGAUUUCUCAAGAUGAUUUCAUGUUUUGCAGCCCCAUUAAAAGGACCUCAAAUUAACACAACAGUAAAAGAAAGAAGCAUUUUGGUCUCCUGGCAGGAAAUUCCGGAUGAUCAUCGAUUGGGCUGCAUUGUUCACUUCAAGUUAUACUUGCAAAAGCAAUUUGUCAUGGUGGCCCCUAAAGUCUACGGUAGGUAUCUGUUAAAAUUUAGGGCUUGGAUCCCUCUACUGGAGGUGGCAAGUCUGUGGCCAUACGGAUGCUGCUGAAACUCCCAACUCCCAUUGGCUCCAGCCAUCAUGGUCAAAGGUGAUAGGUAUGGGGGCCUUGCAACAUCUGGAGCUGUCCCUCUAUGGAAAAAAAUGGGAGCAAAGUUUCUCAACAGAGGGGAGGGGUGCUCCCGUCCCACAACAUGACAACAGAUGCACAAAUCACUUCGAUACACUGUUGUCAUUCUUUUGUUUUAGCUUAGCUUUUGUUAAUUAAUGCUGGGCAUUUUACUGUGAAAUCACUGUGAAAGCAAAUUUUGGAUGCAAAGAUAUUGGGAGACAUCCAGUGAUGGUGCCUGCUUGCGUAAGGGGACUUCAUUUCUUUUCCCUUGAUGCACCCUCAAAAUACGCUCUGGAGAAGAUCCCAAUCCUCUGGAGCAGAUUUCAGGGAUGUGCAAGGAGGAGCUGCAGAGGGGACGGGAAGGAGGACAAUCUCUGCUGCACAAGCAGGAGCCACACUGGGUUUCACUUCAGAAACAAAUUAACUGCUGAGACCCUAGGCAGAAAUGGUUGGCAGCAGAUGAAGAAGCUCAGAAGUGCUUGUUGAAGUUGUAGACUACUGCAAAUGCUUGGUGAAAGAUGGGUGUGGAUGGGAGAAAGUACUUGUGACUUGAUACUAGCUGAUACUCAUAUUUCCCUCAUUCUCUUCCUUUUCAACCCUCUCCCCGCUCCCAACAGAUAUACCUAGAACAGCCCGACAGCCGUUCUCUGUAAGAAGUGUAGAGCCUGGUGCUGCAUAUGUUUUAUGGAUGACAGCUUCCACAAAAGCUGGAGAGAGCCCUGAAGGAAACAAACAAGAGGUUUACAUAAAAGGUCAUUAUUGGGGGGGGGGGGGAAUUAAAGGUUUUGGCUCCAUAGUAGUACACUGAAGGCACUUCCAACUUUGCACACCACAGGAUGAGCUACUGGCAUUGAAGACAGGUUUGGGGAAGAGUUUGGUCACCGGUGUGGGUGGAUGUAUCAGCUUGGCUCAGAUGUAAUUCUGCCUAUCAAGCACCAUUAGGAAUGCAAAAGCUGGCCUAUACUGAAUCAAGCCAUUUGUCUAGCUCAGUAUUGUCUGUAAUGACAAUGGCUUUCCAGGUUUUCAGGCAAGGGUCUCUCCCAGCCUUACCUGAAGACUGAAUCUUCUGCAUGCAAAUAAUUUGUUCUGCCACAAAGUUGUGCCAUUUCCUCAACAUAGUGAACAGCAUCAUACAUCUGAAAUAAUACUAGUUCUGCAUAAGAAUUGCUUAAGGCAUCAGAGGAGCGCAUCUCUGAUUUUUAGCAAUAGGUUGGAGAAUGUUUUAAAGCUCUCUUCCCAUUAGAAGUUGGCAUAAUUGUGAUAAAUAAGUCUUUCUAAAGUAACAGAUAUCUUGCACUUACAGAUGCACCCAGCUGGGGUUCUGCUCUAACAAUCUGCAUUAUUGUGGGUCUUUCCAUCUGUCUCUGCUUUGUGCCAUCCAUUAGGCAAAUGUAAGUGAAUGCUUUCUUUCUAAACAUUUAACAGCAUGCAAAUGGUAUACUGAAGAAGAGAAAUGAUUAAAAAAAAAUGCAUACAGAAAAAGGUGUUCAGGUUACACAGUCAGGCCCUACGCUCAUUAAACCCAAACUCCAAAUCUCCUGUUGGCUUCUCAAUAGGUUUUAAACUGAAGACUCCAAAGAGAAUAAAAAAUGUUGUGACUUUCACAAGCUAUCAAUAAAUCAGAUUUUGACAAUUUCAGUACUUCAGUGUAUCUCUGAGGAAUACUCUGGAAAUCUAUGCUACAGGAGAGUGUUAAUGAGCCAAUAGUGGCUCAUAGGCAGCUUAUGUCAGGAGAACUAAAAGAUACACAGCUUCAUGAUGUGACCCUCCCCCAGCCAAGAGUACUAGCAGGUAGAAGGUCCAACCGAAGGGGCUCCAUGGAUACAGCAGUUUCUUGGAAGAAGAAGAAGAAGAAACAGCACAGAGAAUGGCUUGAGUGUGAAGGAAAGUAAAAGGAGAAAUAAAAGUGAGCGGCCACAAUGUGGUUGAGGAAGCAGAAUUAGUGGCAGGGGUGGUGUAUGUUGCAUUUAUAGAUAAGGGACAUUUUGGUGGGAGUUUCUUAGGUUUAGGAGCAUCAGUAGUCCCUAAGAUAAAGGACCAUAAAGGUAAAGGUAAAGGGACCCCUGACCAUUAGGUCUAGUUGUGACCGACUCUGGGGUUGCAGCGCUCAUCUCGCUUUAUUGACCAAGGGAGCCGGCAUACAGCUUCCGGGUCAUGUGGCCAGCAUGACUAGGCCACUUCUGGCGAACCAGAGCAGCACAUGGAAACACCGUUUACCUUCCUGCCAGAGCAGUACCUAUUUAUCUACUUGUACUUUGACGUGCUUUCGAACUGCUAGGUUGGCAGGAGCUGGGAUCGAGCCAUGGGCGCUCACCCCGUCGUGGGGAUUCGAACCGCCGACCUUCUGAUCGGCAAGUCCUAAGCUCUGUGGUUUAACCCAUAGACCACCCGCGUCCCAUAAGAUAAAGGACCAUAGCUGAAUGCUAACCAUAAUUACCACAAUUUUAAACUUGAAUAUGAUUAUCAUAAAACAGAGACAUAGAGGCCGAGCCAUUUAACUUCAUUUGGCCCUGCAGAGACCCCAUCAACAUAAGGAAAACAGCAUCAUGUAUAAAAUCCCAGCAUAUUGUGCUAGAAACAUGUCUCCUUGCAUAACUAUCUGGAUUGGUAUUUCACAAAUAGAUUGGCAAGUACUAUAUUGUUUUGUACUGGUUCCUUCUAGGCUUUCCUCACUGCUUUCUGUUCUGCUUUGUGGGUGGCAAGGGAAAGCUGUUCCAGAUCCAGCCAACUCUUCAUGUACUAAAGAGUUUGCAUCUGUAGAGGUAUGUUUGCCUGUCACUGGUGUCACCUCUUUGCUGAUGAGCUAGUUUCUGCAAAGAGCCAAAUAGCUGCCUUAAAUAGCUGGCCAGCAGAGAAACAACUGCAGAAGAUGCAAAUAAUUUUGCUACUCCCAGUUGCCAGGAGGGAAAAAGGAAGGAAAUUUACCAGGAACAUUUUGUUCCUGGUAAAUUUCUCACACACAAAUUUCAUAGCCUGCUACAUGCUGUAGCAAGUCCCCGGCCACUGUGCAGAAUCACUGGCUUUUAUGGAAAAGCAGUUUGCUUUUAGGGAAAGGUAGAAAAUACUUGUGCAUUAACUGAAAUUUCUCCCCUAUCUCCUCAAAAAGGGUGAACACAGCUUCUAUUCUACACAGUUCCUAAAGAACCAGAACAGCACUGAAGAGCCUGAAACUCUACAAAUAGAGGAGAUCCUCAUGAAGAGGCAACAGAUGCCAUCUGUGGAUGUGUCCCUCUUCAAACCCACAGAAGGAGGAGGGAGCCACAACUGGCCAACUGCUGUCAGCUUCCAGGAAGAGGAUCCAAUUGUGAAAGACUAUGACCCUUUGAUCACUAGCAGGACAGAUGAUGCCAGCCAGCACCAGCUGCUGCCUUUGUACAGAAAGGUUGGACCCGAAGAACCAAGUCAAGGCCAGGAAUUUUCAGUGUACCUUGCCAGUCCACAUGGCAAUGUAACAGUGGACUACUUACCGACUAUUUCACCUGCCAUUAUGGACACUGGGGAAGACAACGGCGAAUCUGAUCUAAACCCAUUAUUUAUUUUCCAAAGAACCUCUUUUCUACCACAGACAUUCCCCUUUGGUGGAAAGCUUACUCUAGACGCUAUACACAUGGACUGUGAUUCUUUCGGAGAGUAA